CAGAAGAAGAUGGUGUGAAGCUGCCACUUGGAGUGUGCCCAGACCUCAGGGAGGAGCAUGGCAGCAGCUCAGGAAGCAGGAAGCAGUUCAGCCGGGCCAUCCGGACUCCCCGGUUCUGCCCCAGGACACAGCAGCAAUUCCCCAGUGGUGGCCGUGUGGGAAUGGCAGGAUGAGUUUGGCAGGUGGAGGCCGUACCGAGGAAAUGUCUGCAGCUACAUUGAACAGGUUUUUCAGGCCUCCCAGCAGAAGGGCCGGCGUUCGGGAUCGGGGCUUGUCAGCAGCAUCCCUUUGGGACAUGCGGAUCCUGUCUUGGCCCCCUACGUCAUCGACAUCCCAAGCUUGACACAGUUCCGGCAGGACACAGGGACGAUGCGCGCUGUCCGCAGGCACCUCUUCCCUGGGGACUCUGCUGCCGGGCAGGGCAUCGUCUGGGAGUGGCAGAACGACGAAGGCGGGUGGUCCCCCUACGAGAUGAAGGUCUGUGUGCUCCUGGAGGAGGCCCGUGCCAAGCACCACCAGCAAGUAGAUCUCAAAUCCCUGGGCUACAACUACAUAGUUGACGUUGUGGCUCAAGUCCAGACCAACAAGAACACAAGCUUCCGCCGCAGUGUUCAGAGGCGCUUGGACACCCCGUACCCAGUGACAACCUCCCCAACACCCCUUCACACAGGGGUGGCUUGUUCCUGCCAGCAGUGCUGGCUAAACAGUGGGACUGGUCCCAUCACCACACGCUACCGCCACUCCAUGAUAAACGUUCCCAACUCUUCUACUGCUCAUCAGGGUAGGACAGCAUCAGUAAGCUCUUCCAGCGUCGGCUUCGUGCCCUAUAACAAACCGACUUUGUCUGGAGCAAGGUCAACACCAAGACUCAAUGCACAGAGCACCUGGGCUUUGCCUCAAGCUGGGGGCCCCAGCACAGGACUGUCUGCAUCUAAUGGAGUCAGCGCCCCAGCCCUGCCUGUCAAGAUGCCCAAACCCAGCAAGGUGAACCAGGCCCUGGCAGGCUGGUGGAAGAGCCUGGCAGCCUCCGUGACGGGCCUGAUGACCGCGACACCAACGGAGCCAGAAGCGGUGGUGAAGAAGUACCUGGAAGAGCUGAAGGGUUCUCCUGCUGAUGAGGACUGCAUCAUCUGCAUGGAGAAGCUGUCCUCCCCCUCAGGCUAUGCGGAUGCAUGUGAGUGCAGCACGAUCAAGCCAGAGACUGUCGGUCGCCUGACAAGCUGCCAGCACUCCUUCCACAUGCUCUGCAUGCUGGCCAUGUAUUCCAAUGGGAACAAGGAUGGCAGCUUGCAGUGCCCCUCUUGUAAAACCAUCUACGGGGAGAAAACUGGUACUCAGCCCAAAGGGAAGAUGGAGGUCUCCACUUUCCCCCAGUCCCUCCCUGGCCACAGGGACUGUGGGACCAUCCAGAUUGUGUAUCACAUCAGCAGAGGCAUUCAGGGCCCUGAGCACCCCAACCCUGGGAUGCCGUACACAGCAAGAGGCUUUCCUCGCUACUGCUACCUGCCAGACAACGAGAAGGGCAGAAAGGUCCUGGAGCUCCUGAGGGUGGCCUGGAAGAGACGCCUCAUUUUCACAGUGGGCACCUCCAGCACCACUGGCGAGAGCAACACAGUGGUGUGGAACGAGAUCCACCACAAGACUGAGAUGGACACAAACCUGAGUGGCCACGGCUACCCAGACCCCAACUACCUGGACAACGUGCUGGCAGAGCUGGCUGCACAAGGGGUCACUGAGGACUGCCUGAGACAAUGAGCUGGGGGGGCCUGGCUGCCCCAUGCACGCCUUGGGGGCCCACCUAGUGCACUUAUUCCUGUUGCCUUAAGUUCCUGCCCGUCACACUGAGCAAUAACCGCACUGCGGGAGCUCUG